AUGCUCAAAUCAUUAGCCACUAUAUUGGCAUUAAUAGCUUUAUCUCCCUUCUCACAUGCUUACGUUGAGAGAGAAUGCCCUUGUUCGAAAGAUGAUGGCAACGGCUUGUGGCUUGAUAUCUCCAUCGCAAUUGAUGUGUCAGCCGGAAUGGGCUCAGAAUCUUUGAUUAUGACUGUAGGAGAUAUAGCUUCACUUUUUCCAACAACAGCAAUUGGUAACGACACAGGUCCAUCGCCUGGACAAACUUCUCGUAUUGCUAUUACUACCUUUGAUACAAGAGCGAAUACGGUGUUUGGCUUGAACGAUCUGACUUCCAACAAUGAUUUCAAUAACCAAAUUUGGAAUAUUAUAAAUAUUAAUACAACUAAUCCAACCUCCAGUUUGAAAGUUGGAUUAUCAGGCGCUCUAAGUGCAUUAACCAAAGGAAGAGCUGAUGGUAAACGCUCGAACUUCCGUCAAGUUAUCAUUGUUUAUACUGCCACAUGCGACUCCACCCCCGGAGAUGAUGAUCCAUCGAAUAUUGCUUCUGAUAUUAAGGGAGAUAACAUUGAUAUAAUUAUGGUGGGAUAUGACAAAAUAGGAAACGGUAAUCUCAAAACAUGCGUCAAAAAUUUGGCAUCACCCAAUUCCGCCUUCGCCAACACAGACAGCAAUUUAGUUGGAGAAAUUCAACAGGCUCUAUGCCAAGUAAACUGUUUUUGUGCCCCGCUGUGGUCCAAUUUCCAUUCCGGAAUGAAAAAGUUUGGAACCUGCAUUAGACUGGGAAAUUCUCCCGCUCUGUACCAAGCAGCAAAGCAUUCUUGCAAUGCCUUGGCACCUGAUAGUUACCUCGUGAACGAAUUCAGCGCUCAGAAACACAACUUUGUUGUCGGAUCUGCUAAGGGUGAUCCAACAUUCAAAGUUCCCCAUUUGUUCUAUAUUGGAUUGACUUAUGUCAACGGUCAAUGGCUCUGGGAGCAGCAAGCAGGUUCCAGCCAAAUUCCAUAUGUUCAAUCGAAUGAUACAAGCUUUGGUUGGUGUCCUGGUUUUCCAGACGGAAAAGAAACUGCUGGAAACUCAUGUGUCUUAGAGACUCCAUUGAGCUCCAGUGAAACUCAGGUGUGCUGGCAAAACGUGCCUUGUAUUCCAGCCAAAUACUAUUAUUGUCAAAGAAAUACAUGUGAUGUGAAUAAUUUCUGUCCUUAG